AUGGAGUUCAUGCCUCCCAUGCAGCCCAACGAAGUAGGCUACUUCGUUGGGCCACCCAUCGACUAUCCCUUUUGGCAGGAUGAGCCAUGGAACGGAUACAUGGAGAGCUGUGGCCCUGCUUUUGCAAACCUGUUUGAGGAGAAUUCGCAAGCGUCGUCUUUCAGCGACAACAUGGCCUGGCUCAGCAACAACACCCACGACCCGUUUUACGCCACGAGCCCCGAGUCGCCGUGGACGACGUCUCCCACGACCGAAGAAGCGCCCGUGAUCAAGUUUGAUAUCCAGACUCAGAGCAGUCAAGGCUCGGGGUCGAAACGGAAGCGCAAGCAGCCAGCCGGCGUCAAGCAGGCUCAGCAAUUCCAGAAGCCGACAGGCAAACGAGUCCGCAGGACCCGCUCAAGAUCCUUGUCGUCCAGCGGAAAGUCGGUUAUCAAGACGGAAGAUGCGGCCAGCGCCAAACCCGUGAGCCACCAGACUAGCUUUGUCAGCGGCAGCGGCGGCGGCGGCGGCGGCGGCGGCAGCACCAUCAUAACCACCACCACCAACAACAACAGCAGCAGCAGCAACAGCAACAGCAACAACAACAGCAACAGCAACAGCAGCAGCAACAGCAACAGCAACAGCAACAGCAACAGCAACAGCAACAGAAACAGCAACAGCAACAACAGCAGCAGCAGCAGCAGCAACAGCAACGGCAAUGGCAGUAGCAACAGCAGCAGCAACAACGACAGCAACAACAACAUCAUAAGCAGCAUCAGAGGCAGCUGCAGUGACUUGAGCAUCAGCAAGGGCAACAGCAUAUACAAGACCAAAAGCAACAGCAACAGCAACAGCAACUGCAACAGCAGCUGCAACAGCAACUGCAACAGCAACUGCAACAGCAACUGCAACAGCAACUGCAACAGCAAUUGCAACAGCAACAAAGAAGACGUUUACCAAGAGCGAAGCCGCAUUGCAUCCAACAAGUUCCGGGAGCGCAAAAAGAACGAGAUUGCGCAGCUCGAGUCAGAGGAGUACAACAUAGAAGACGUGAACCGCCAGCUGCGCAGCGCCCUGGACGAGCUCACGAGCGAGAUUCUGUCUCUCAAAAUGCAGAUACUGCAGCACACCAACUGCAACUGCGAACUGAUCCAAGCCUACAUCAACAAAGAAGCGUUGCAUUUUGUCCAGAGCUUAGAAAGCGUCAAUGCCUAG